AUGGCAGACAGGUGGUCGGAUGAUUGGGACUUGCCUGCAAAAGUAGACGGUACUGCGAGUACCAAGAACAAAUGGGGAGACUCUUGGGAUGACGCUGAGAUUACCCAGGGAAAAUCUCCGGGAUCCAAACUCAACGUGGAAUUGCAGAAAAUCCCCGGAGCAAACUCCAUGGAUGCUUACUAUGCCAAACCCAAAACUCCAGUUGUGUUGAAACGUGUUUCCCCCGUUGUUCCCGAGCCGGCUAACCGCACGGUUGCUAAGGUAUCUUUGGAGCAAUCGCAGCGCGAUAAGGAGAAACUGUAUGAGGAGAAGAGAAGGCAGAUUUUUGCGCAGAAACGAUAA